AUGAUAAAAUCGUAUGUAAAAAACAAAAAUUUAGGACGUUUAACACAUUUUUAUUUAAAAGCUGAACAAGAACGACAACAUAAUUAUCUUAAAAAUGGUCCAUAUAUAACAACUAAAGAAGCUGUUGCUAUAUAUACAACAGUUGUACAUUGGCUUGAAUCUCGACGUUUUUCAUUAAUAUCAUUUCCAUCAUUAACAUAUAAUCACAAUCUAGCAACAACAAUAGAAGAACAUCAUCGUUUUAAACUUCUUGUUGUCUCAGUAUUAUUUGAAUUAGCUGGUGAUUAUUCUUCAUGUAUACGUAUUGCUUGUGACUAUAUAACACAAACAAUUCUUGAUCGUUUAUUAAUAUUAUCAUCAACAUCAUCACCAUCUCCAUUUAUUUAUAACUCAACGUCUUCAAAUUUUAUCAAAAACAAAACAUAA